GGGACCACUCCCCGCUUUUCGUCCAUUUCCUUCCUACGCGAUCAAUUGGACACGACAGAUAGCUUCACCUCACUUCUACCUUUACAUUUAAUGCAGAGCUUCAGAUUUGUGUCUUUCCGAUGAUCUGAAAGUUAAAUAGUUAUAUCGUAGGUCAGCUUAUACAAGUUGAUUAGCUCCACACUAAAUUUUUGCAGUAUAUGCCUGCAGAUUUAUGAAUGAUAGAUACCAAUGCAGCUAAUUGAGGUUGUAAUCUUACCGAUUUAUAUUCAAGAGAUUACGUAAAGAGGAGCUUCAUUGACAGGGUUUGAGCAGCAAGAAUUGACAUCCGGAAUUUUGAUCUGAGAAUUCUCUGAUAUUCAGUUCAAUGUUAUUGUCACAUAAGAGAAUUGGUUGUUCGAGCACUCAAAGUGUUGUUUGGCUUGGCAUCUGAGCUAUCUCCCCGAUAUCAUCUCUUCUUUCUCGAUUCUUGCAAAAGUUCAUUGCAGUAUUUCAAUGAGUGACUCAACUGAAGAUAUUAGUUCUUGCACAAAGUCUGACGUGACAAGUUUUUCUACUAGUACAAAUGUAUCAAAAAGACGUUCAUUCACUUCUGGCUCUACAUCUUUUGAGCAUCAGCCUUUAAGACCAAUAGUUUUGUCCAAAGAUUGGAAGAUUGUAAAGGGAAGUGCUGGUCAGGCGGCAUCAUUUCUAAUUAAAACUCUUGCAUUAGAGACAUUGCGAAGGUUCUCAAAUGCAAGGUGUCCGUUCCUCUGGACUGGGCUGCAAGCUUUGCAAAUUCUUUGUUAUCCCCCAUUUAAAUGGCUUCAGUGCUGGAAUCCUUUUGGAUUCGUAAUUAAAGGAAUGCAGAUGUUAUCUCGACCAUUAUUGGUGCUCUCCAUUGGGACUGCUAUCUCUAAUCAUUCAGAUUGCAGCAAUUUUGUCCCAGAUGGUAUUGAAAAUUCUCAAAACACCAAUGAUUUGCAAGCAGAACCUCGAUUAGAAUCCCCAUCUGAAGAGAGUACUGACAGCAUGAGGACUGGUGAUGAAAAUCCUGAAAAUGACUGGCUAUGCCAUGUUCAUAAAGAGCUAGAAAAUCAGGGAAUUGCUUUGCCGGAAAGAAUUAACAAAGGCGAUCUCCAGAGAUUUUAUAUUGCUGCAAAUGGUGAUUUAUCGAGUUUAAUAUUAUCACUAAAAAAAACAAUACGUUGGAGAGAGACCUACAGAAUUCUCUCCGGAGGAGAACUUGAGAUGUGGUCAAAUAUGGUCUUCUGGCAUGGAUUUGAUGUGAACCAUCGGCCAUGCCUUAUCAUCCGUCUUGGCAUGGCUUCCGCCAGCUUGUCGUCUCAUCAUAGACCACGCUUUGUUCAGGCAGUGGUAUCUCAGGUGGAGCAUGGAGUGCUGCAUUUGGUGGAUGGAAAAAAUCCUCAAAUUACUGUUUUAUUGGAUUGUCACGGUUUGUCACCUCUGAGACUUCCUAUGAAAAUGCUAAGAUACUGCUGUAAUCUUUUGCAAGAUAACUUCCCAAAUCUUCUUGGCUGUUUGUUUAUUAUACGGCUUCCUCCAGUUGUUCGUGUACUUGCUCAAACAUUUAUUCAAGUUCUCAAACCUGCCACAAAGGAAAAACUGAGAAUUGUAGGAGAGACGUACCUGAAGGUUCUUUCCGAGUGUUUACAGACGCUCCCUUCGUACCUUGGAGGACAAUGCACAUGCACAAGAUGUGCUAACCCUAGAAUGGAGAUAGUACAACAAUCUUACUAUGUUGAGCCGAACACGGCAGAGUCUGCUGCUGAUAAUAGUAGUACAGAGGAUUUACCAUCAUUGCCUCCAAGCUAUCCAGAUGAUAUACUGGUUGAUAGUAAUCACUGCAUGCAGGUACUGAGGACUGCUAUCAUUGGAAUUCUCAUAUUUUGGGUUUUAAUAACCUUUCUGGGAGGAAUAAAUGAUCCCAUAACUCCCUGAGGUAAGAUAAGAAUGCUUCUCCACUCCUCGUCGUUCCAGGAUUUUAUCAAGUUUUUUCCCCCUCAACGAAGCCUUGGUACCUAUCAAUGGGGUGUUUAUAUGCGUAAUAUCUGUGUGAGCUGUGAUUUGUUGCAUUUAAAUGGAAUACUGUAGUAAGUAAUCUAAAUUA